AUGGCAGACCGGCAGGCCACCCAACAGACCAUCCUCAGUCAUUUGGCCAAGCUCGAUGACCCGGAUGCUGAUUUGCGAUACAUGUCCCUUAAUGACUUGUUCAACAUUUUGAGCAGUCAGAGCUCAAGCUUCCUCUCCGGCGAUGGCCGCUCCUCGACCAAGCUUGCUGAGGGUCUUCUAAAAGCAUUGGAUGACCAGCACGGCGAUGUGCAGAACCAAGCGCUGAAAUGUCUCGGUCCACUGGCAGUCCGGCUCCCAUUCGAGUCCCUUGUUCCCUUGCUCGAGAAAUUGAGUAACCUGACAGCGUCCCAAACGAUUGAUACCUCUGUGCCCAACACCGCCAUUCGCACCAUUGUUGACAUGCUUCCUCGCCCCCAAGCCGGCCAGCCCGCGCCGCAAAAUACACUCACAGCAUAUCAGGCCGUUUCCAAGGUCUUGAUUCCAAGGCUUACUGGCCCAACUGCGUCGGCGUCCGGCAGACGAGGCUCAGUCGUGCGAGGAAUGUUGGAAAAGGAUCCGUCUAAGGGUUUCAGCAGCGACGCCAUCGACGUGCUCAUAAAAGUUGUCACAUGCUUCGGCCCCCUCCUUUCAGAGUCGGAGCUGGCUGAUUUACAGGAGCCUGUCAUGGCCAUUAUUCACAAUGACACGGCGGGUACUGUGGUCACUAAGCGUGCGCUAGCUGCCAUCUCGGCGCUGGUGCUCUACUUUUCUGACAACCAGCUCAAUGCCUUUGUGAAGCGAAUGACAGAGACCCUUUCUUCGCCAAAUAUCUCCAUUGUCCACCGCCGCCACUUGAUCGCGGCUAUCGGCGUCAUUGCUCGCAGUGCCCCGGCCAAACUUGGCCCGCACAUCGACAGUCUCGCGCCAUUUGUUUUCUCUGCUGUGGGAGAGGACGAUGUUGAACGGGCAAACUAA